AGUAGUAGUAGUAGUAGUGGAAAAACCUUGCAACCCAGUUAUCAUAAAUCCACCAGUGAAAAAUAAUUAUUCCUAAAAUCAAUAAUCAAGUUCGACAUUUCUCCUCUAUUGCCAUCAUUGAAUAAGAACGAAUGGACAAUAAAAAAUUUGACAAGCGAUUGUUGGGAAGGAAUUACUACGGCAGAUCCCACCCCUCACAGUUUUGUCUUGCAUGCCAACAUACUUCCAUGAUUAAGUUGGGAUGUCGACCGCGGACCUUAAGCUUGAUCAGCGUGAUCGUCCUGGCGAUAUCAAAUAUGUUUUUAACCUUCCUUCUACUUCAAUCAGAGACGUGUAUGAAUUCAGAUGAUAGUGAAAGUUUGAUGCCAAUGAAUACGGUGACAGAAUGGAACAUUAAUUCGGAGGAUGAAAACCUUCAGACGAAGAAUACCGUCCGAUGCCAUGUAAAUGAAGGAAAUUCAGACGUCAAUGACACAAAACCUCCCGAUUUGGAUUUUCGGUUAGGAAGAUGGGAUAAUCGCCGACAGUACAAAACUUUUGACUCUAUUCUUGUUGGCUCAAAAUUUGCUGAACUAUCGACAACAAAAUGUAUUUGUCUCGCUACACAAUCAUCUUUAGAAAAAUUACACUCCCUAGUUCAAGUUGCGCAUCAUUGGACUGCAUCAAUAUCUGUAGCAUUAUAUAUCGCUGGGGAUGAGGAAUUGGAAGCUUUACAGAAGUAUCUAUAUUAUAUUCGGAGAUGCUAUCCGCCAAUUCGUGAACGAGUUACCUUUUCCUUAGCAGUACCGAAGAAUAAAAUUCCGACAAAAAAUCCAACAAGAUAUGGACAUCUGAUGUAAUUCCUGGUGCAAAAGGAUAUCAAGACGUCGUUCAAGGAGUCACGUACAUAAGUCAUAAUGUGACAAACUUUGAGUUUCUUUAUGAACCAUUCUACGUAUCCAAAGAUACGGCUCCAGCGCAUGAUGAACGGUUUUUAGGGUAUGGAUAUACGAGAAAUACACAGGUUUACGAGAUGUUCGUUGCAGGAUACCAAUUCAAAGUUCUGUCACCUGUCUUCACAGUCCACUGGGGAUUGCAAUCAAGAAAAAAUCGCCCAGGAUGGCGAGAACGGCAAAACAUCUUCAAUAGAAAACAAUUCGAUCCUUUUAAGCGUGAAAUUUUUGCCAAGUAUUCGGUAGAUCCAUUAAAGAUGGUUAGAAAAUCUAACUAGUUAUGGAAAGGGAAUUUUUUUACCGUUGUCCCUUGAGUGAUGAAACUGUAUUCUAUAUUGUCACUUGAAUCAGUGAAUGUACAAAUUUUUAUGUACUUUUCGUACAAUAUGUGGAUAUUCUUAUGUUAUGACUGUUAUUCGACACUCCUUUUGUACUACCAAAUUUUUAAAGAAAAUAGGAAUUCAAUAAAAACAAUCGUUUGGCUUAAUGGAAGUCAGGCGAGUGUAUGCAAGCUA